AUGUCGGAUCAUAAAACAGAUGACUACGAGCUCGGUCAUGGCGGCAGCAAGAACGAGAGUAUAGCUCAAGGCAAUAUCGAAGUUCAUUCUGGUCAUUAUGAGACUGGAACUGUAGCAGAGUUUCAGGAGUUGACAACUGUUAAACAAGGCCUACACCAACGCCAUAUCCAGAUGAUCGCACUCGCCGGAGCGAUUGGCACAGGUUUAUUCCUCGGGUCUGGUAGAGCAAUUGCGAGAUCUGGCCCUCUAGGUGCAUUUCUUGGUUAUUCGGUGGUUGGCAUCGCUGUGUCGAGUGUAGUGCUUGCUGUUGGAGAGAUGGGAGCUUUGGUUCCUCUCAACGGAGGACAAAUUCGUUAUGCCCAGCACUUCUUCGACCCUGCCAUGUCUUUCGCCAACGGAUGGAACCAGGUUUAUUCAUACAUUGUAUCUAUUCCAGCCGAGAUCGUUGCUGCUGCCGUCUUGGUGGAAUUCUGGACGACGAUCAACAAUGCAAUCUGGAUCACGGUCUUUGGGCUCCUCAUGGUUAUCACUUCAAUCACAUUUAUCAGGGUUUAUGGUGAACUGGAGUUUACGUUUUCUAUGCUAAAAAUCAUGUUGAUUGUCGGAAUCAAUAUAAUGGCGCUAGUUAUUACUUGCGGAGGGGCUCCAGACCAUGAAACGAUCGGCUUCCGUUACUGGAGAGAUCCCGGAGCCUUCGUCCAGUACUUGGGCAUUGGCGGCUCUCUGGGACGCUUUCUUGGAUUUUGGACUACACUAAACAAUGCUUUAUACGCAUACUCCGGAAUCGAGAACAUUGCUGUCGCUGCUGCCGAGACCAAAAAUCCGAGACAAGCAAUUCCUAUGGCUGCCAAGCGCAUCUUUAUCCGGAUUUUGUUGUUCUACGUUCUGACCAUCUUCAUGGUCGGUCUUGUGGUUCCAUCCAACGAUCCUGACCUUCUCCAAUCCACUGGCACUGCUUCAGAGAGCCCCUUUGUUAUUGCCGCAAAAAAUGCUGGGAUCAAAAUUGUUCCUUCGAUUAUCAAUGCAGUUGUUCUUACCUCCGCUUGGUCUUCGGGAAACUCCAGUAUGCUUGGUGGAACACGAAUGCUCUUUGGCAUGGCUAAGUAUGGACAUGCUCCCAAAAUCUUCACUAGGACUAACCGUGCCGGUGUUCCUUACGUCGCGGCCGUUUUUUACUCUGUUUUUAUGUGCUUGGGUUACAUGACCUUAUCCAGUACUGCCAGCACAGUCUUCACUUGGCUCCAAGAUCUCGUUUCCAUUGCGACCUUGGUUAAUUGGAUUUGCAUCUUGCUUAUCUAUCUAAGAUUCCUGUACGCCUGCAAAAAGCAAGGAAUUGAUCGCCAUACUGAGCUUCCAUGGGCCGCACCACUUCAACCAUACACGACAUGGGCUUCACUGACUCUCUUCAUCAUUCUCCUCUUUACGGGAGGAUAUGCGACUUUCAUUCAUGGCCAAUGGAAUAAUGAGACAUUUGUCUCGUCAUACCUAAAUAUUCCACUAAUCUUCAUUCUGUAUUUUGGUUACAAAUUCUAUGCCAAGACCAAAAUGGUUUCGCUAGAGGAGAUGCCUAUUCGUACUUUCAUUGAAAUUUACCAACAAAACCCAGAGCCAAAGGAAAAGCCUAAGAAGGGACUUCGGAGGUUGAAUAUAUUAUGGUCUUGA